AUGUUUCUGCCUUGUGUUUUGUUGGCUGUCUGUCUGUUGUGCUUUCUGAAUGGAAAUGUGCUUGGCUACGAAUAUGAAGUGGACUACUCAGUUUCUUAUUACAAUGAAAUCUCUGAGGAUAAGGGAAUGGGGACCACACCAAGUCCCUGUCAAUCUAAAGACCUCAGCAGGUGGGAUAAGCUUUUCAUCAUGCUGGAAGACUCCCAUAUGAGACAGAAUAUGCUACUGCAGAACGUUGAUGACAUGGUCAAGCAGGAUAUUCACUCUUUGAGGAAUGAGAUCCAACAGCUUUCCUCCAGUGGCAACAAAGCCUGCAUAAAAGCCUUAGAGAAUACCUGCAAGGGGAUUAGUGAACAGGUUAACUUCAGACUGGAUGAAGCCAUGGAUCAGUUCAAGGAGGCUGCAGACAGGCAGAAAACCCAAAACAACAUGACAUUACAGCAGCUGUUAGAGUUCAGCAAGAAUCAAGCAGCCCAGCUGACUAAACUGGAGAACAGUUACCUGCAAGGAGCAGGUCUUGGGCCCGCUGCCAUGAAAGCUUUCCCUACUAAUCCAAAGGAACAAGAGGCAAUCAGUUCGGACACAAGCAAACUAGAGAGAAUUCUCAUGGCAACAGCAUCAGACCUCCAAAAGGUCCAAGCCCAGUUGAACCUUUUCCAGAGAUCAGCUGCCUUGCGUUAUCUGCCCUCAGGCUGUGAGAUGGCUCUGCUAUUUCCCAUGCGCUCCCGUCACACCUUUGCAGCUGUUACACCUUCCAUGUCCCUCGCCUUGCGUUCGCUGACGAUUUGUCUGUGGGCCAAGCUGACCCAGUCUCUUGACAGAACGGUUCUCUUCUCGUACGGAACGAGAAAAAACCCGCAGGAGUUCCAAAUCCUUGUGGCUAAGCGUUCUGUAUUCCUCACAGUCGGCGGUGAGUCUCAUUUAGUGGAGGCCCAUGACAUAGUAACAGAUGGGCGAUGGGGACACUAUUGUGGAGUCUGGAGCUCUGAACAGGGUCUAGCUUCAUUGUGGGUCAAUGGGGAGAAGGUUGCCGGUUCUCCUGGGGUGGCGGAGGGACACACCCUGCCCGACGGAGGCACCACGCUGCUGGGACAGGAGAGGAGCCGAACUGGCUUCAACAGGGAUUUUGACCCAUCUGUUGCUUUUACGGGCAAGAUGACAGCAGUGAACAUGUGGGAUCACGUGCUGGAUGCUGACAGGAUCCGACAAUACGCAAAACACGAUGGAUCCUGUGAUGUCCGGGGAAACGUGAUUGGAUGGGGUGUUUCAGAGAUCAUUCCGCACGGGGGUGCUCAGUAUAUUAACUGA